AGUUUAUUCGAUAUUCGAUAUUCGAUUUCGGACUUCGAAUAUUGCAACGGCUGUAGUCAUCUAUUUUUUAUUUAUAUUUUUGUGCAUUCUUUGGAUUAUACUUGUAAUCAACAGUACGAAAUGUCGGAUAACGAUUCUUUUGAAAUUUUGAGGACCGGCGAAUUUUCAUCAUUUUGUGUCAAGGAAAACGAACAAAGAAAUGAAAAAAGUUCGAUACAAACACCACUUGCAACAAACUUAAAUAAUGGAAAAGUCAAUUCCAUACGUUCUGCGUUGGCAUCGGCCAGUAAGCCACUAACAGAAAAAUCGGUUGAUUGCGACGUAUGGAAAAGAAGUGUUGAUGUAAAUGCUGCAACGCAAGCAUCUUUGAACUCAUUUCAAUAUGUUGAACCUGAUGUAUGGAAAAGAAGCACUACAACAACAGAGCAACUAACAAUUUCAAAUAACGAAGGUGAAUUGCAAAUGGAUAAUAUGGAUGUGCGUGAAGAAAAAAAUACUGGUGCCAUACCGAAAGUUAGUAUUGUUGAUGGGCAAAAAAGUCAAACUGAUUCAAAAGACAGUUUACAAAACAAUAUGGCAGUAAGUUAUAUAAUGGGUCAAGUACCAGCAGAUACACUAAAGGCAAGCAUCCAUUCACAAUUCCCGAGCGUUUCCUUGGAAGCUUGUGAAGAACUAACAACGGUUAUGAGUGAUUAUCUAAAAAUGAAAGACGUUCUCAUCUCUGUAAACAGCAAAAUGAGUUCUUGGCUUGAAAUGAAGAAACAAAUGCAGGCAAGCGUUGUAGAAAAUCGUCAGAAAAUGAAUCAGUGCCAGGAACAAAUAGCUACUCUACGAAAUGAAAACUUGAAAAUAAAACAAGAAUUGGAUACAAAAAUAGAACAAUUGCAAGCCAACGAGGCUGUACGAAAGCAAGAAAACGAGGAACUUAUAAAAAAAAUCUCAGAGAAAUCUGCCAUAAUCGCCAAUAUGCGUGCACAAAUCGAGAAGUUAGAACUACAGCAACUGUCUUCAUUUGAGGUGGUUUCUAAAUUUGGCCAAAAGGAGAAACAGUCGGAAAAAUCUGAAUAUGUUACACGCCACGAACAUGAACGCGUGAUCAAGGAUUUCGAGCGUAAUAUGUCACAAUUACUAGCGGAGAAGCUGGAAAUUUCAGAUAUGCAAAAACAAUAUAUCGAUGAAAUAAAUUGCCUUAAAGUUAACUUGACAGCAUCCGAAGAGAUGGUUAAUCAACUUCGCUCCGACAUAGCUUUACUCAAAGCUAAUGACAAAGAGAAAACCGAUCAAUUUGAAUUGUAUGCUUUACAACGAGAUGAAAUGCGUGAAGAACUUGGUAUACUUCGUCAGCAAGUAGAUGUCUAUAGUCGCGACUUUCAAUUGGAGCGUACAGCACGCGAAGAAAUGGCUGGUGAAAAGGUACAAUUACUAGACGAUUUGCGCUCAUUGCAACACAAAAAUCAAGCACUGAGCGAGCAGGUAGCAAAGCUGGAGGAGCACUUGGCAGUAAUUUCAAUGCAAACAAAUAGUCCAGUGGCGCCGUCAAGGAAUAUUGUGCCGCCACCAGCACCGGUACAGGCAGCAGCCGAACACAAAUGCCCAAUUUGCGCAAUAUCUUGUACAUCUUUAACAAGCUUACAAGAACAUGUUAAUCAGUGUUUGGACCGCAAUGUCCAUACAUAAGUCUAUAUGUAUUUGAUUUUUUUCUUAUAAAAGUUAUUAAUAUAAUAUGUGAAUACCUACUGUAUACAAACAUACAUACAAUUGAUUUUAAGUUCAGCAACAUACAAUAAAUAUUUAAUGGUUAAUUGAAUCUUAUGAAAC